CGAACAAGUUGAAGGGUCAGUUCGGUAAACGUAAUUGACAAUCCUAACUCUCUCUCUCUAUAUAGGUAAACAAGCCGGGUAACAAGAGCACGGUAGAGCAGUUGAAAUUUUGUUCGUCUUCUAGCUCUAGUGAUCAUAUAUGGCUGCUGCUGCUGCAUCAUGGGGGGCGACACAGGAGGUGUCUUCAUCGUUGUACCCCAACCCCAUUUCCCCGCCGCAAAAAUACGACGUCUUUUUGAGUUUUAGCGGAUCCGACACUCGCAAGAGAUUUACCAGUCAUCUGUUAGCUUCUAUGGAGCGAAACCGUUUUCGAACAUUCAGAGACGACAAGGAACUGGAGAGAGGAGAGGACAUUGGCGCGGGACUGAUGAAGGCAAUUGAGGAGUCGAGAGUUUCCCUGGUUGUGUUGUCGAAAAGCUAUGCCAUGUCGAGGUGGUGCCUCGACGAACUGGUGAAGAUCAUGGACUGCAAGAAGAAAAAGAAGUUUCAGCAUACGGUCAUACCCAUCUUUUAUGAGAUCGAGCCAUCCGAGGUACGACAUCAAAACGGGAGCAUCGCGGAAGCAUUGGACAAGCACAUGGUGCUGAGUUCCAGGAUGGAGAAAUGGAAAGCUGCUCUAACUGAUGUCGCCCAGUUGUCCGGUUUUGUCUUGCAAAGCAUGGUAGAUAGAGACGAGGCAAGCUUCGUUAAGCUUAUCGUUGAAGAGAUUGAGCGACAGCUUAAUCCAACCAUGCGUCUACAUGUUGCAGACCACUCAGUUGGAAUGAUACCUCGUUUACAAAAGCUUCUCAAAUUACUGUCUAUGGAGUCAUCAAAUGAUGUUCGCAUUGUUGCAAUAUGGGGAAUUGGUGGCUUAGGCAAAACAACAAUUGCCAAAGCUGCAUAUAACCAUAUUUCUUGUCAGUUUGAAGGUAGCAGCUUUGUCGCAGAGGUUAGACAAACUUCCCAACAACCAAAUGGUUUGUUUCUUUUGCAAAAACAAAUUUUAUCUGACAUCUUGAGAAAAGAAAAUUGUAGCAUACAAAACAGCCACGAGGGAAUCGAAUUCAUUAAAAGGAGAGCUUUUUGUGGAAGAAGAAUUCUACUUGUUUUAGAUGACGUAGAUGAUGUCCAACAGUUGAAAGCACUAGCUAUCGAUCCAAAAUUUCUUCAUAGUGGGAGUAGAAUCAUCAUUACCACUAGAGACAUUUCUUCCCUAAGUUCACUUAGAUUAGUAGCUGAGAUUUAUAUGCCAGAAUUAUUGAAUAAGAAUGAAUCACUUCAAUUGUUUAGUUGGCAUGCCUUCCAAAAGGAUCAUCCUUUGGAAGACUACGUGAGGCUUUCAAAUGAAGUAGUGAAUUAUGCCGGAGGAAUUCCAUUAGCUCUUGAAGUUUUGGGUUCCUUCUUGUUUGGCAAAACAAAAUCUGAAUGGAGAAGUGCAAUGAUAAAAUUAAAAAAGAUUCCUCAUGAUGAUGUUGUAGGAAAACUUAAGAUAAGUUUUGAUUCCCUCAAUAAAGAGGAAAAGGAUUUGUUCCUAGAUAUAGCAUGCUUUUUUGCUGGCAUGAGUAGAAACUUCACCAUCAAAGUAUUGGAAGGUUGUAACUGUUUUCCAGAAAUUGGGAUUCGAUGCCUAGUUGAUCGCUGUCUCAUAAAAUAUGAGUUUGGAAAUACGUAUGGAUAUGAAUCCCGAUACAUGUAUCAGAUAAUGAUGCAUGAUUUGCUUCGGAAUAUGGGUAAAGAGAUAGUUCGACAAGAGUCAAUUAAAGAUACAAGCAAACGUAGCAGACUGUGGGAUCACGAGGAUGUUCUUGAAAUGUUGAGACAUGACGAGGGAACUGAAGCAAUUGAGGGUCUUAUACUAUCACCAUCGGAGGCAAAGGAUGUGAAAGUAAAUGCAGAAGCAUUUAAAAAGAUGAACAAACUCAGAGUACUUCAUCUAGACCAUGUUCACCUUGGUUCAGGUUAUGAGCAUCUAUCCAAGAGGCUAGUAUGGCUACGUUGGCAUGGCUUUUGUCUCAAAUUUGUGCCAUCACAGUUAUGCAUGGAGACCUUGGUUGCUCUUGACUUGAGUCACAGCAUGAUAAGACAAGUUUGGAAAGGAACCAAGACUUUGGGUAAGUUGAAAUUCCUUUAUCUUAGCCAUUGCUAUUACCUAACCACAACCCCUGAUUUCUCUGCUCUCUCCAAUAUUGAGGAACUAUUUCUCAACAACUGCAUAAGGUUGUUAGAGGUUGAUGAGUCUAUCAGAUAUCUGCGCAAACUUGUGGUUCUAAACCUUGCGAGCUGUAAAAACCUCCGGAAGCUUCCCUCAGGGUCGUGGAUGUUGAAUGCAAAAAUACUUAAUCUCUCUGGUUGUUCCAAACUUGAACAUUUUACGGAAUUCCAAGAACUAAGGUCAAAAUCAAGGUGUGCAUUGUUGUCAUCUUUGGCACUGCGGACAAAGAGCAUGGGUUCUGUUUUUCUGUCAAUGAACUCUGUGCAGGGCUUGAGGUGCUUAAAGCUAUUGCGCGUAGCAAACUGCAAUUUGUCAUACAUACCUGCUGAAAUUGGGAAAUUGAUCCAUUUGGAGUGUUUGGAUCUGGUGGGUAACAACUUUUGCAGCUUGCCGGAAAGCAUCAGUAACCUUACUAACUUAAUGCACUUCAACUUGAGUUAUUGUGAAAGACUUCGAUCCCUCCCAAGGCUUUCAGCAGGUAUACGGGUUUUGGAAGUUCAAAACUGCACAUCUUUAGAAAGCAUUUCACUUGAAUCGGACUGGCAAGACACAGACAUGUUCUUUAAUAAUUGUCCUAAAUUGGCUCAUACCCAUUAUGCACACGAUCUUGAAAGAAGUUUGCUCAUGUCCAUGAAAUCGGGUUCACUUAGCAUCUCUCUUUCGGGGGACAUGUUUCUGAAUUGGUUGGAGUACCAGAACGCAGGACCCCAUAUAUCUUUCGUGGUGCCACCUCAUAUGCAUCAAAAUUUAAUAGGGUGGAUCUUUUGUGCUGUCUACACAAUUGAGGAAUAUUUAUGGGGCAUUGGGUGCACAAUACACAAUAAAACCAAAGGCAUUCAAAUUGGUCACGACCAAUACGUAUCUGUGAAACUUGUGGAUGGAAUCCACUCUGGAGAUAUGACAAUGUUGGGCUAUGUUUCAUUUUCUCUCAAAGGUAUCGACAUACAGAGGGGUGAUGAAGUAGAGAUUUCCUUACACAAAGUGAUGGUGAAGAAGUCCGGGAUACAUCCCCUUUACAAGGCUGAUGUCUGAUGAUAAGAACAUGGAUUAAUUCUUUUGAUACUGAUCUUAGUUCCAAACGAACCAAACAUGAGGUCAAAAUUUUCAACUGUUCUAAGAUGCCUGGUCUAGUGAAGAGUUAGAGGUCUCUUCCUAUACGCGUGUGUAUGUCUCCCAUUUGUUGUUUUGUUGUUUGAAGGGGCCUCUGGACUUUUGGGUUUGCCCAGGCUGUAUUCAUUGUCUUAAAAGGAAAACAUGAUUAGUCAUUGAUUA